AGAAAAUAUAAGGUUAGGAUUCCUAUCCUUCAACUACUUAAAAGGCAAAAAAGUGGUAUUGUAGAGAGUUCUCGUCUUUGACUAAUUUAUUUAUUAUACGCAAUUUUCUAAAUAAUCGUACGAAAUGCUUCCAAGUUGCGUUAGAGCGGUGUCUAAACAGAGCGCCAUUCCCAAAAAGUACUUGGGCGGGAUUCUCUCGAAAAAUAAUUACGCCAGCGAAGCCACGUUCGAAACUAAGCCCUAUAAGCUACACAAACUCGAAGAGUCUCCCUCGACUACAGUAACAGUGAGCAAAGAAGAUGCCAUCGACAUGUACACAAAAAUGCACACUAUCAGGAGGAUGGAAACAUCGGCUGGCAAUCUCUACAAAGAGAAAAUCAUCCGGGGCUUCUGUCACCUUUACUCCGGCCAAGAAGCAGUAGCCGUCGGUAUUAAAGCGGCCCUUCGGCCCCACGAUGCUGUUAUAACAGCCUACAGGGCGCACGGUUGGACCCACUUGAUGGGGGUGUCCCCUCUGGGAGUCCUGGCGGAAUUGUGCGGUCGAAAGGAAGGCUGCGCUAAAGGGAAGGGCGGUUCGAUGCACAUGUACUGCGAGAACUUCUACGGGGGCAACGGAAUCGUCGGAGCUCAGGUACCGCUAGGUGUGGGUAUAGCUCUGGCUGCUCAGUAUAAAGGUACCGAUGGUGUGUGUAUAGCUUUGUACGGUGAUGGUGCUGCCAAUCAGGGUCAAGUGUUCGAAGUUUACAACAUGGCGAAAUUGUGGAACAUCCCUUGUAUAUUCGUUUGCGAAAACAACGGAUACGGUAUGGGUACGAGCGCCGAACGAGCUGCUGCUUGCACUAAUUACUACUCCAGAGGUGAUUACGUUCCCGGCAUUUGGGUGGACGGUAUGGAUGUGUUAGCAGUGAGAGAAUGUUUCCGGUACGCAGUAAAUUACGCCGCGAGCGGUAAAGGUCCGCUCGUCAUCGAAGCUGCUACAUAUAGGUAUUCCGGCCACUCGAUGUCCGAUCCGGGUACGAGUUACAGAACCAGAGACGAAAUCCAGGAGGUGAGACAAACCAGAGAUCCGAUAACGUCUUUCAAAGAGAAGAUUAUCCAAACGAAUUUGGCAACGGCGGAGGAGAUUAAGAAAAUCGAUGGGGAAAUUCGUACGCAAGUCGAUGAGGCGACGAAACAGGCCAAAACCGAUUCCGAAAUUCCCAUGGAGGAAUUAUCGGCGGAUAUCUACUCCGUGAAUUUGGAACAGCAAAUUAGGAACGUCGAUCCUUUUACCAGUUUGGUACACAAAAGAAUAGGAGCGGCCGUUAAUAUGUAAAUAACGUUGUUGAAUAGGAUGUAUUAUUUAAUUCUGUGCGGUUUCAAAACUCAUCAACCGUCAUUUAUUUUUUUUAAUAAGACGAGUUGAGAAUAAUAGUAAGGUAAAAACGUCCUUUCGAAAACCUUUCAAUUUUCAUGUAUAUACAAUUUUAUUAAUUUGUUAAAAUAAACGUUCCUUUUUUUUGUUAUAAAUCUAUUUGAAAAUGCAAAUAAAACUAUUUUUAUAUUAAAAUUAGCAAAAAACCCGGUUUGCGUAACUUACAGAAAUCUGUAAUUGGAAAACACUACUUCGCGAUAUCACUCACAAGAUGGCGCUAACAUUUGUUUGUUUAUGCAACUCACAUUACAUGUAUCAACAAGAGAGGAAUUUCUCGAUACCUCCUCGCUCGGCUGGCGUCCUGUUACGAGGAAACGCCAUGAAAGUCCGUUGAGAACGUUCCCAGCAUUCUAUAUCGUCGAUUUUUAGUCGUGCGUAGCGAAUUAAUUCGCUCGUACUUGUUAUAAAUUCAGACGAUUAAACCCGCCGGACUUCAUCGAUUCUUCCUCGUUUUAUUUUACGCCGGACGGUUCUCUCGCCCGGUCAGUCGCGCAUUCGACUCGUUUUCCAAUCCGAACGCGGGGAUAUCCCGCUUAAAAAAACCGCCUCGAAAGCAAAAGAAAUCUGAGGAAAAUUCUCUAUAAUAGAAUAGCAAAGGAAUGUCCUGGUUUACAAUUUAAAGAAAAAUAAGCGUGAAAAGUCAUUCAGUACACUCGAGAAGAGUAGAAAAUGAUUAAUUUACGGCAUUCGAAAGCUUUAAAGCGCGCUCGAAUCGCCGGAAAAUGUAGUUUUAAUAUUCGGAAUAGCCGGGCAAAGGGAAUUGCUCGCUGUAUUUGGCCACUUCGUCCUUCAAAGCGGCCACUUUCUUCGCCACAUCGGCGUUUUCGUGGAUCGUUUUCUUGAAAUUCACAAACGAAGGUCCCGACACGGUUUCGAUUUCUUUGGCCAACUUCAAACCCCUAUCGAUGAAAUCCACGACGACGUCGAUGUCUUUCUCUUUCAAAUUCCGGGUAGUCAAAGCGGGGGUUCCUAAAAACGAAUAAGGGUUCAAGGCACUUUUAUCACCGGGCACGGUGUUUUUAUUGCAAGCUAUAUUGAUCUCCUCCAAUAUGUAUUCCCCUUGGGCCCCCGUCAGACCGACCGAUCUCAAAUCCACCAACAACAAAUGCAGGUCCGUACCGCCCGUCACGAUUUUGUAGCCCCUUUUGCCGAGCCCAUCGCUCAGCCUGCUGGCGUUCACCAUAAUCUGCUUGGCGUACUCGACGAAUUCUUUGGUUUGGGUCUGUUUCAUGGCCGUCGCUAUGGCUGCUAUGGCGUGAUUGUGAGGACCGCCUGAAAAUCACAUAAUUUCUAAAUCCACAAUUCUACAGGGUUAUUAAUUCAUUACCUUGCAGUCCCGGAAAGACGGCCUGAUUGAUUUUGUUUUCGAAGUUGUACAUAACUUUCUCCCCUUUGGCGUUGACAGUUCGAAGGCCUUUCCUGAAGAAUAUCACAGCAGCCCUGGGGCCCCGGAGGCUUUUGUGCGUGGUCGUCGUUACGAUGUCGCUGUGUUCGAACGGAGUAGCUGUAACACCUAAACAGCGGCGUUUCGCAGUUUAUUUAAAUCAUUCGGGGCGUGUGGCUGGCUUACCUGCGGCUACCAGACCGGAAAUGUGCGCCAUAUCCGAGAACAAGUAGGCCCCGACGUCGUCGCAAAUCUCCCUGAAUUUCUUGUAGUCUAACGCUCUCGAAUAGCAACUCAUGCCGGCUAUUAUUAUCUUCGGCUUGAACAGUCUUGCGGUUUGUAGUAGUUUGUCGUAGUCCAAUAGACCCGUC